UGCCGGACCCGCCCCGACCGGGGCUCGCCGCCUGCAGCCACCGCAGCACCGGACCUCGGGCCCCCGCGGGCUAUGGCUGUGUCCUGGGGCUGAGCGCAGGCUGUGUGCUGAGACUGACAAGAGAGACCGAGAAGAAAGACGGGGCGGGCUCCUGGCAAGGCAUUAGCUCGACCCAAACCUGCAAAAGAUGGACAAAGAAGAAGAGAAGACCCGGGAGCUGCUGCUCCCCAACUGGCAGGGCAGCGGUUCUCACGGGCUGACCAUCGCCCAGACGGAUGACGGUGUCUUCGUGCAGGAGGUGAUGCAGAACUCCCCUGCGGCCCGCACGGGGGUGGUCAAGGAGGGGGAUCAGAUCGUGGGGGCCACCAUCUACUUUGACAACCUGCAGUCAGGCGAGGUGACGCAGCUGCUGAACACCAUGGGGCACCACACUGUGGGCCUGAAGCUGCACCGCAAGGGGGACCGCUCUCCUGAGCCCGGCCAGGCUUGGACCCAUGAGGUCUUCAGCUCCCAUAGCUCGGAAGUCGUCCUGAGCGGGGAUGACAAGGACUAUCAGCGCAUCUACACCACCAAGAUCAAGCCUCGGCUGAGGUCGGAGGAUGGAGUGGAAGGGGACCUUGGGGAGACACAGAGCCGCACCAUCACGGUGACUAGACGGGUCACAGCCUACACAGUGGACGUGACGGGCCGGGAAGGAACCAAGGAUAUCGACAUCAGCAGCCCCGAGUUCAAGGUCAAGAUUCCAUGGCAAGAACUGACCGAAACCUCCACGGUGGAUGUGGAGACCCAGCCUGGAAAGACGGUGAUCAGGCUGCCCUCGGGCUCGGGGCCGACGUCUCCGACCACGGGCUCUGUGGACAUCCGAGCGGGCUCCGUUUCUGCGUCUGGACCAGAGCUCCAAGGCGCUGGCCACACCAAGGUCCAGGUCACCGUGCCGGGGGUCAAGGUGGGGAGUCCGGGCGUCAGUGUCAGUGCAAGAGGCACGGACUUGGGUGGCAAAGGAGGGGUACACGCCCCUGGAGUGGACCUUUCUUCUGCUCUCGGGGGUGUUGUGGUAGAGGGGCGGGGGUCUUGUCUUGAGAGUGGCAGUAAUGGGAAAAUUGAAAUCCCUGCUAUGCAGGUGCCAAAAUUUGGCAUCUCAGCAGGACCAGAGAGCCAGGCACCAGAGUCAGGGCUGAGGGUGGCUGCCCCUGAAUUCUCUGUGGGGCACAAAGGCAGCAAGCCAGGCUUAAGCAUUGGCGGGGACAGGCAGACCCCACAGCUAGAAGUCACCGCUCCCUCCGCCAACAUUGAGGGGAAGCUGAAAGGCCCCUCGAUCACUGGGCCAUCGCUGGAGGGUGAGCUAGGCCUGAAGGGUGCCAAGCCACAGGGGAGCCUGGGGGUCAACCUCUCUGCUCCCAGAAUUGAGGGCAACAUCACCAGCCCUAGUGUGGAGGUUCAAGGCCCUGAUGUUGAUAUUCAGGGGCCAGGGGGCAACCUGAAUAUGCCCAAGCUGAAGGUGCCCAAAUUCUCUGCAUCAGGUUCUAAGGGAACAGGAGCUGGCAUGGGUGUGACGCUACCCACCGGUGAAGUGACUGUCCCUGGGGCCUCUGGGGAUGUCAGCCUGCCUGAGGUAGCUACUGGGGGGCUAGAAGGGAAGGUGAAGGGUACUAAAGUCAAAGGUCCUGAAAUGAUCGUUCAGAAACCUAAAAUCUCCAUGCAGGAUGUGGAUCUGAGCCUUGGGUCCCCGAAAUGGAAAGGGGAUUUUAAGGUUUCUGCUCCUGGGGUGCAAGGUGAUGUGAAAGGCCCUCAGGUGGCAGUUAAAGGCCCCAAAGUGGACACUGAGACACCCACCCUAGAGGGGACUCUAACAGGUGCCAAGCUUAGUGGUGCUGCUGGGAAAGCAGGAGCUUGCAGCAUCUCCAUGGCAGAUGUAGACUUGAAUGUGGCUGCACCUAAGGUGAAGGGCGGCGGCGAUGUCACACUCCCAAAAGUAGAAGGGAAAGUCAAAGUCCCUGAAGUUGACAUCAAAGGCCCCAAUGUGGAUAUCAGUGUUCCUGAUGUGGACGUCCAUGGCCCAGACUGGCACUUGAAGAUGCCCAAGAUGAAAGUGCCCAAAUUCAGCGUGCCAGGAGUCAAAGGGGAAGGUCCAGAUGUAGAUGUCGCUCUACCCAAAGGAGAUGUCAGUAUCUCAGGACCCAAGGUGAAUGUGGAAGCCCCCAGCGUCAGCAUAGAGGGACCAAAAGGCAAGUUUAAGGGCCCUGAGGUAAAGUUGCCUGAAGAGAGUGUCAAGACACCGAAGAUUUCCCUGCCUGAUGUAGAUCUGCAUGUUAAAGGCACAAAGAUGAAGGGAGAGUAUGACGUAACGGUGCCGAAACUUGAAGGUGAAAUGAAAGGCCCCAAAGUGGACAUCAGUGUACCAGAUGUGGAUGUCCAGGGUCCAGACUGGCAUCUGAAGAUGCCCAAGAUGAAAAUGCCCAAGUUCAGUGUGCCUGCAGUCAAAGCAGAGGGCCCAGAAGUGGACGUAAGCCUGCCUAAGGCUGACAUGGACAUUGCUGGGGCCAAGGUUGAUAUUAGUGCUCCAGAUGUGACCAUUGAGGCACCAGAAGGGAAACUGAAAGGGCCCAAGUUUAAGAUGCCCGAGAUGAAUAUUAAAGCCCCGAAGAUCUCCAUGCCUGAUGUGGACUUGCAUUUGAAAGGCCCCAAAGUGAAAGGAGAAUAUGAUGUCACAGGGCCAAAGGUCGAAGGUGAGGUUAAAGUUCCCGAUGUUGAACUGAAAAGUGCCAAAGUGGACAUUGAUGCCCCAGAUGUGGAUGUCCAUGGCCCAGACUGGCACCUGAAGAUGCCCAAGAUGAAAAUGCCCAAGUUCGGCAUGCCAGGCUUCAAGGCAGAGGGCCCAGAGGUGGACGUGAACCUGCCCAAGGCUGACAUUGACAUCUCAGGCCCCAAGGUGGAUGUUGAAGUUCCAGAUGUGAAUAUUGAAUCAGGAAAGUUGAAGAGUCCUAAAUUUAAGGUGCCUGAGGUAAAUAUCAAGGCCCCCAAGAUCUCUAUGCCUGAUGUGGACUUGCAUAUGAAAGGUCCCCCUGUAAAGGGAGAAUAUGACGUCACAGUGCCAAAGUUGGAAGGGGACUUGAAAGGGCCAAAAGUAGACAUAAGUGCUCCAGAUGUUGAAGUUCAUGGCCCCGACUGGAACCUGAAGAUGCCAAAGAUGAAAAUGCCCAAAUUUACCAUGCCCAGUCUUAAAGGAGAGGGCUCAGAAUUAGAUGUGAACCUGCCAAAGGCCGAUGUGGACAUUUCUGCACCCAAGGUAGAUAUCAGUGCUCCAGAUGUGAGCCUUGAAGGACCAGAAGGGAAGCUGAAAGGCCCCAAGUUUAAGAUGCCUGAGAUGCAUUUUAAAGCUCCUAAGAUGUCUCUACCAGAUGUUGACUUGGAUCUCAAAGGACCCAAAGUGAAAGGAAAUUUAGAUGUGUCUGCACCAAAAAUUGAAGGUGAGAUGAAAGUUCCAGAUGUGGACAUCAAAGGGCCCAAAGUGGACAUCAACGCCCCAGAUGUGGACAUCCAUGGCCCAGACUGGAGCCUGAAGAUGCCCAAGAUGAAGAUGCCCAAGUUCAGCAUGCCUAGCUUCAAAGCAGAGGGCCCAGAGGUGGAUGUGAACCUCCCCAAGGCUGACCUUGACAUCUCUGGACCAAAAGAUGUGGAUGUCCAUGGCCCGGACUGGCAUCUGAAGAUGCCCAAGAUGAAGAUGCCCAAGUUCAGUGUGCCUGGAGUUAAAGCAGAUGGUCCGGAAGUGGAUGUGAACCUGCCCCAAGCUGACAUUGGUAUCUCUGGACCCAAGGUGGACAUUGAAGGACCUGAUGUGAAUCUUGAGGGUCCAGAAGGAAAACUGAAGGGCCCUAAGUUUAAGAUGCCCGAGAUGCAUUUCAAGGCCCCCAAGAUCUCCAUGCCUGAUGUAAACCUGAAUCUUAAAGGGCCAAAACUAAAGGGAGAUGUGGAUAUAUCUUUGCCUGAUGUAGAAGGUGAAAUGAAAGUGCCCGAUGUUGAUGUCAAAGGUCCGAAGGUAGAUGUCAGUGUCCCAGAUGUGGACGUCCAUGGCCCAGACUGGCACCUGAAGAUGCCUAAGAUGAAAAUGCCCAAGUUCGGCAUGCCGGGCUUCAAAGCAGAGGGCCCAGAAGUAGACGUGAACCUGCCCAAGGCUGACAUUGACAUCUCAGGCCCCAAGUUCGGCAUGCCGGGCUUCAAAGCAGAGGGCCCAGAAGUAGACGUGAACCUGCCCAAGGCUGACAUUGACAUCUCAGGCCCCAAGGUGGACAUUACUGCCCCAGAUGUAAAUAUAGAAGGUCCAGAUGCAAAACUAAAAAGUCCUAAAUUUAAGAUGCCAGAAAUGAACAUAAAAUCUCAGAAGAUAUCCAUGCCAGAUGUUAGUUUGAAUUUAAAAGGUUCUAAAAUUAAAGGAGAUUAUGAUGUUACAGUUCCAAAAGUAGAAGGAGAGAUAAAAGCUCCUGAUGUCAGUGUUAAAGGCCCCAAAGUGGACAUUGAUGCCCCAGAUGUUGGAGUUCAUGGCCCAGACUGGCACCUGAAGAUGCCCAAAGUGAAAAUGCCCAAGUUCGGCAUGCCAGGCUUCAAGGCAGAGGGCCCAGAGGUGGACGUGAACCUGCCCAAGGCUGACAUUGACAUCUCAGGCCCCAAGGUGGACAUUGAAGGUCCUGAUGUGAACAUUGAAGGUCCAGAUGGCCCCAAAGUCAAGGGAGAUGUGGAUGUGUCUGUGCCCAAGAUAGAAGGUGAAAUGAAAGUGCCAGAUGUGGACAUCAAAGGGCCCAAGGUGGACAUCAGUGUCCCAGAUGUGGACGUCCAUGGCCCAGACUGGCAUCUGAAGAUGCCCAAGAUGAAGAUGCCCAAGUUUGGCAUGCCGGGCUUCAAAGCAGAGGGCCCAGAGGUGGAUAUGAGCCUGCCCAAAGCUGAUCUGGAUGUUUCUGGCCCUAAAGUGGACAUUGAUAUUCCUGAUGUGGAUAUUGAGGGCCCAGAAGGAAAAUUAAAAGGCUCUAAAUUCAAGAUGCCCAAGUUAAAUAUCAAAUCUCACAAGAUCUCCAUGCCUGAUGUGGACUUGAAUUUGAAGGGACCCAAACUGAAAGGAGAAAUAGAUGCUUCUGUGGCAGAACUCGAAGGGGAUCUUAGAGGCCCACAGGUUGAUAUCAAAGGUCCCAGUCUGGAUGUGGAGAUGCCUGAUGUCAAUCUUGAAUGUCCUGAUGCAAAGUUGAAAGGCCAUAAGUUCAAGAUGCCUGAGAUGCACUUCAAGGCCCCCAAGAUCUCCAUGCCUGAUGUGGACUUGCACUUGAAGGGCCCCAAAGUCAAAGGGGACAUGGAUGUGUCUGUGCCAAAAUUGGAGGGAGAUUUGAAGGGUCCCAGCGUGGACAUGGAGGUGCCUGACAUCGACCUAGAAUGUCCCGAUGCAAAGCUGAAGAGCCCCAAGUUCAAGAUGCCCGAGAUGCACUUCAAGGCCCCCAAGAUCUCCAUGCCUGAUGUGGACUUGCACUUGAAGGGCCCCAAAGUCAGGCCCAAAGUGGACAUUGAUGUGCCAGAUGUGGAUGUCCAUGGCCCGGACUGGCAUCUGAAGAUGCCCAAGAUGAAGAUGCCCAAGUUCCACAUGCCAGGCUUCAAAGCAGAGGGUCCAGAAGUGGACGUGAACCUGCCCAAAGCUGACAUUGACAUCUCUGGACCCAAGGUGGACAUUGAAGGUCCAGAUGUGAAUCUUGAAUGUCCAGAUGCCAAACUGAAAGGCCAUAAGUUCAAGAUGCCUGAUAUGCACUUUCAUGCCCCUAAAAUCUCCAUGCCUGAUGUUGAUUUCAACAUAAAGGGACCAAAAAUUAAAGGUGACCUUGAUGUUUCUGCCCCAAAACUGGAGGGAGAGUUAAAGGGUCCAGAACUUGAUGUGAAGGGCCCCAAAUUGGAUGUGGACAUGCCAGAUGUAGCUGUGGAAGGCCCAGAUGGAAAAUGGAAAAGCCCUAAGUUUAAGAUGCCAGACAUGCACUUUAAAACUCCCAAAAUCUCCAUGCCAGAUGUUGAUCUACACUUAAAAAGCCCCAAGAUGAAGGGAGAGUUGGACGUAGAUGCUCCCAAAUUGGAAGGUGAUCUCAAAGGGCCAGAUAUUGAUGUUGAGGGACCAGAAGGCAAAGUAAAAGGCCCUAAAUUCAAGAUGCCUGACAUGCAUUUCAAAGCACCAAAUAUUUCUAUGCCUGAUGUGGACUUAAAUCUGAAAGGACCCAAAAUUAAGGGGGAUAUCGAUGUCUCUGUGCCAGAGGUAGAAGGAAAAAUUAAAGUACCAGAUGUAAACAUCAAGGGACCAAAAGUGGACAUAAAUGCUCCUGAAGUCCAUGGCCCAGACUGGCACCUGAAGAUGCCCAAAGUGAAAAUGCCCAAGUUCAGCAUGCCAGGCUUCAAGGCAGAAGGCCCAGAGGUGGACGUGAACCUGCCCAAGGCUGACAUUGACAUCUCAGGCCCCAAGGUGGACAUUGAUGUUCCAGAUGUGAACAUUGAAGGUCCAGAUGCAAAGCUGAAGGGGCCCAAGUUCAAGAUGCCAGAGAUGAACAUCAAAGCCCCCAAGAUCUCCAUGCCUGACAUUGACUUAAACCUGAAAGGUCCCAAGGUGAAGGGUGAUGUUGAUGUUUCCUUGCCAAAGGUGGAAGGUGACCUCAAGGGCCCUGAGGUUGACAUCAAAGGCCCCAAAGUGAACAUUGAUGCCCCAGAUGUGGAUGUCCAUGGCCCAGACUGGCACCUGAAGAUGCCCAAGAUGAAAAUGCCCAAGUUUGGCAUGCCAGGCUUCAAGGCAGAGGGCCCAGAGGUGGACAUGAACCUGCCCAAGGCUGACAUUGACAUCUCAGAAAUGCCCAAGUUCGGCAUGCCAGGCUUCAAGGCAGAGGGCCCAGAGGUGGACGUGAACCUGCCCAAGGCUGACAUUGACAUCUCAGGCCCUAAGGUGGACCUUGAAGGUCCUGAUGUGAACAUUGAAGGUCCAGAUGCAAAGCUGAAAGGGCCCAAGUUCAAGAUGCCAGAGAUGAACAUCAAAGCUCCCAAGAUCUCCAUGCCAGAUUUGGACCUUAAUCUUAAAGGUCCUAAAAUGAAAGGUGAGGUGGAUGUGUCACUUGCAAAUGUAGAAGGUGAUUUGAAAGGGCCAGCUCUUGGAAUCAAGGGCCCAAAGAUAGAUAUUGAUGUGCCAGAUGUUGAUAUUCAUGGCCCAGAAGGUAAAUUGAAAGGCCCCAAACUGAAGAUGGCUGACAUGCAUGUGAACAUGCCAAAGAUCUCUAUGCCAGAAAUUGACCUGAAUUUAAAAGGCUCAAAGCCCAAGGUGGAUGUUGAUGUUUCUGGCCCCAAGUUGGAAGGUGACAUUAAAGCCCCCAAGUUGGAUAUAAAGGGUCCUGAGCUGGACAUUUCUGCUCCCAAGGUCAACAUUGAAGGAAAGUCAAAGAGGUCUCGUUUUAAGCUUCCCAAAUUUAAUUUUUCAGGCUCCAAAGUUCAGACACCUGAGGUUGAUGUCAAAGUUAAAAAGCCAGAUGUUGAUGUAACAGGUCCAAAGGUUGAUAUCAAUGCUCCUGAUGUUGAGGUCCAAGGAAAAGUGAAAGGAUCCAAGUUCAAAAUGCCUUUCCUGAGUAUUUCAUCUCCUAAAGUUUCUAUGCCUGAUGUGGAGUUAAAUCUGAAAGGUCCUAAAGUCAAAGGGGACUUGGAUGUUGCAGGGCUUAAUUUGGAAGGUGACUUGAAAGGGCCCAAAAUGGAUGUAAAGGCACCAGAAGUUCAUCUUGAUGCACCUGAUGUGGAUGUUCACGGUCCAGAAUGGAAUGUGAAAAUGCCUAAGAUGAAAAUGCCCAAGUUUGGAGUCCCCAGCUUAAAAGUAGAAGCUCCAGAUAUGACUGUGGGUCUGCCGAAAGGAGAUGUCAACAUAGAGGGUCCCACAUUGGACAUUGAAGGCCCAGAAGUCAAUGUGGAAGGCUUAGAAGGAGGCUUAAAAGGCCCCAAACUCAAGAUGCCUGAUAUCAAUAUCAAAGCUCCCAACAUCUCCAUGCCUGACAUGGACUUAAACUUGAAGGGCCCCAAGGUGAAGGGUGAUUUGGAUGUUUCCCUGCCCAAAGUGGAAGGGAAUCUGAAAGGGCCAGAGGUUGAUAUCAAAGGCCCCAAAGUGGACAUUGAUGCCCCAGAUGUGGAUGUUCAUGGCCCAGACUGGCACCUGAAGAUGCCCAAGAUGAAAAUGCCCAAGUUUGGCAUGCCGGGCUUCAAGGCAGAGGGCCCAGAGGUGGAUGUCACUCUCCCUAAAGCUGACAUCGAUAUUUCAGGGCCCAAAGUGGACAUUACUGCUCCAGAUGUGAAUAUUGAAGGUCCCGAUGCAAAACUGAAGGGCCCCAAAUUCAAGAUGCCUGAGAUGAACAUUAAAACCCCCAAAAUCUCUAUGCCUGAUCUUGACCUGAACCUGAAGGGUCCCAAAAUAAAGGGUGAUGUGGAUAUGUCUUUCCCUAAAGUGGAAGGUGACCUAAAAAGUCCAGAAUUGGAUAUCAAGGGCCCCAAAGUAGACAUUGACACUCCUGAUAUUAGCAUUGAAGGUCCAGAGGGCAAAAUGAAGGGGCCCAAGUUCAAGAUGCCAGAGAUGCACAUAAAGGCCCCCAAGAUCUCCAUGCCUGAUCUUGAUUUAAACCUGAAGGGCCCCAAGGUAAAGGGUGAUGUGGACCUCUCUCUGCCCAAAGUGGAAGGUGACCUCAAGGGCCCUGAGGUUGACAUCAAGGGCCCCAAAGUGGACAUUGAUGCUCCUGAUGUGGACGUGGACGUGAACCUGCCCAAGGCUGACAUUGACAUCUCAGGCCCCAAGGUGGACAUUGAUGUUCCAGAUGUGAACAUUGAAGGUCCAGAUGCAAAGCUGAAAGGGCCCAAGUUCAAGAUGCCAGAGAUGAACAUCAAAGCCCCCAAGAUCUCCAUGCCUGAUAUUGACUUUAAUUUGAAGGGCCCCAAAGUGAAGGGCGAUGUGGGUGUCUCUCUUCCCAAAGUUGAAGGUGACCUCAAGGGCCCUGAAAUUGACAUCAAAGGCCCCAAGGUGAACAUAGACAGUUCUGAUAUCAACAUUGAAGGUCCUGAAGGAAAAUUGAAGGGCCCUAAAUUUAAGAUGCCAGAGAUGCACAUCAAAGCUCCCAAGAUCUCCAUGCCUGACCUUGAUUUAAAUCUAAAAGGGCCAAAGGUCAAGGGGGAUGUGGAUCUUUCACUACCUAAGAUAGAAGGGGAUCUGAAAGGGCCAAGAGUGGACAUUGAAGUUCCUGAAGGGCAGCUCAAAGGUCCCAAAUUCAAGAUGCCUGAUGUCCACUUCAAAACCCCACAAAUUUCCAUGAGUGACAUUGAUUUAAACUUGAAAGGUUCUAAGGUAAAAGGAGAUUUGGACAUUUCUGUUCCUAAAUUGGAAGGAGAUCUGAAAGGCCCCAAAGUGGAUAUUAAAGGGCCCAAGGUGGACAUAGACACUCCUGACAUUGACAUCCAUGGCCCAGAAGGGAAACUCAAGGGGCCCAAGUUUAAAAUGCCUGACUUGCACCUCAAGGCCCCCAAGCUCUCCAUGCCUGAAGUCGACCUGAAUCUGAAGGGCCCCAAAGUGAAGGGUGAUGUGGACCUUUCUCUGCCCAAAGUGGAAGGUGACCUCAAGGCCCCUGACGUUGACAUCAAAGGCCCCAAAGUGGACAUUGAUGCCCCAGAUGUGGACAUCCAUGGCCCAGACUGGCACCUGAAGAUGCCCAAAGUGAAAAUGCCCAAGUUUGGCAUGCCGGGCUUCAAGGCAGAGGGCCCAGAGGUGGACAUGAACCUGCCCAAGGCUGACGUUGACAUCUCAGGCCCCAAGGUGGACAUUGAAGGUCCUGAUGUGAACAUUGAAGGCCCAGAUGCAAAACUGAAGGGGCCCAAGUUCAAGAUGCCAGAGAUCAAUAUCAAAGCCCCCAAAAUCUCCAUGCCUGAUGUUGACUUGGAAUUGAAAGGACCUAAAGUAAAAGGAGAUUUUGAUGUUUCCAUUCCUAAGAUUGAAGGUACUUUCAAAGGCCCGGAAGUUGACCUUAAAGGCCCAGGUUUGGAUUUUGAAGGCCCUGAUGCCAAACUCAGUGGUCCAAAUUUGAAGAUGCCUUCAUUGGAUAUAUCUGCCCCUAAACUAACAGCUCCUGAUAUUGAUUUGCAUCUCAAGGCACCCAAAAUUGGAACUUCUGGUCCCAAAUUAGAAGGUGGUGAGCUGGACCUCAAAGGGCCCAAAGUUGAUUUAGAAGCUCCAAGCCUAGAUGUGCACAUGGAGAGCCCAGAUGUGAACAUCGAGGGACCAGAUGUGAAAAUCCCCAAAUUUAAGAAACCCAAGUUUGGAUUUGGGGCUAAGAGCCCCAAAGUGGACAUCAAGUCACCUUCGCUGGAAGUGACUGUUCCAGAGGCAGAGCUCAACGUUGAGACUCCUGAAAUUAGUGUUGGUGGCAAGGGCAAUAAAAGUAAGUUUAAAAUGCCAAAAAUUCACAUGAGUGGUCCUAAAAUGAAGGCCAAAAAGCAGGGAUUUGAUUUGAAUGUUCCGGGGGGUGACAUUGAUGCCAGUCUCCAGACCCCGGAUGUAGAUGUUAAUCUCACAGGGCCAGAUGCUGCACUUAAAGUCGAUGUGAAAUCUCCCAAAACCAAAAAAUCGAUAUUUGGAAAGAUGUACUUUCCUGAUGUAGAAUUUGACAUUAAAUCACCUAAAUCGAAAGCAGAGGCGCCCCUCCCUGCCCCCAAAAUGGAGGGUGAAAUCCAUGCACCCGAUCUGGACAUUUCUUCACCAGGGAUAAAUGUGGAAGGCCCUGACAUCAAGCUGAAGGCUCCUAAGUUCAAGAUGCCAGAUGUGGAAGUUUCAGGGCCCAAAAUAGAGGGUGACCUGAAGGGCCCCAAGGUGCAGGUAAACGUGGACGCACCUGGCAUCAACGUCGAAGGCCCAGGUGCCAAAGUCAAAACUCCAUCAUUUGGCGUCUCUGCCCCUCAAGUCUCCAUCCCUGAAGUGAACGUUAACUUGAAAGGCCCAAAGGUAAAGGGGGAUGUCCCCAGUGUGGGACUGGACGGACCGGAUGUAGACCUGCAAGGCCCAGAAUCGAAAAUCAAGUUUCCCAAGUUUUCGACCCCCAAGAUCGGUGUCCCUGGUCUGAAGGUGGAAGGCGGAGGUGCUGAAAUCCAGCUGCCCUCUGUCGAAGGAGGCUUGAGCACACCAGAUGUCAAGCUCGAAGGGCCCGAUGUGUCUCUGAAAGGUCCGAAAGUAGACUUACCUUCGGUGAACCUCUCGAUGCCAAAAGUCUCAGGGCCUGACCUUGACCUGAACUUGAAAGGACCAAGUGUGAAGGGAGAUCUGGAUGCCUCUGUCCCCGGUCUGAAGGUGCAGGCCCCGGGGCUUGACCUUCAAGGUGGCAGUGGGAAGGUGAAAUUGCCGGGAAUUGAUGUCACCACGUCAUCCAUGAAUGUUGCUGCUCCAGAGGUGACCCUGAAGGGACCAAGCCUGCAGGGAGACCUGGCUGUGUCUGGCGAUGUCAAGUGCCCUAAAGUGUCAGUUGGUGUCCCCGAUCUCAGCUUGGAGGCACUGGAAGGUGGCAUCAAACUUCCUCAGAUGAAGCUGCCUCAAUUUGGCAUCUCCACCCUGGGGUCUGACUUGGAUGUCAGCAGCCAGGGGCCACAAGUCACCGGUGAGCUCAAGGGGCCAGGCCUGAGCCUGAAGGGGCCUCAGAUCUCAGCACCAGAGGUGGACUUGAGCUUGGAAGGACCAAAGGUGAAAGGGGGCCUCGGGGCCACUGGCGGGCUGAAAGCUGGAGGCAGCCUGCCAGGCAUCAGUGUGCAGGGCCUGGACGGAGGCCUCCAGAUGCCUGGAGUGAAGUCCCCUGGGUGCCACGUGGAGCUGCCUGGUGUGAACGUGAAACUCCCAACAGGGCAGAUCUCUGGUCCUGAGGUCAAAGGUGAUCCGAAGGGGUCAGGCGUAGGCUUUCACGGGGCUGCUCCUGACAUCAGUGUAAAGGGGCCUUCAUUCAGCACAGCCACUCCCGAAUCAGAUUUCGGUGUCAGCUUGAAGGGCCCCAAGAUCAAAGGAUGUAUGGAUGUUUCAGGGGGUGUCAGCGCUCCAGACGUCAGCCUGGGCGAAGGGCAUAUGAACAUCAAAAGUUCUGGGGUUGAGUGGAAAGGACCUGCUGUCAACGUGGAUGCCCCCAGGCUUGCUGGAGGACUUCAUUGCUCAGGACCAAAGGUAGAAGGGGGUGUGAAAGGGGGGCAGGUCGGACUCCAGGGUCCUGCGCUGGGUGUGUCUGGGCCUCAAGUUCACUUGGAAAGUGGAGCUGGAAAGGUAACAUUCCCCAAGAUGAAGAUCCCCAAGUUCACCUUCUCUGGCCGUGAGCUGGUUGGCAGAGAAGUGGGGGUGGACAUCAACUUCCCUAAAGCGGAAGCCAGCGUCCAGGCAGCUGCAGGAGAGGGCGAGUGGGACGAGUCUGAUGGAAAGCUUAAAAAGUCCAAAAUCAAAAUGCCCAAGUUCAAUUUUUCCAAACCUAAAGGGAAAGGUGGUGUCACGGGCUCGCCAGAAGCCUCCAUCUCGGGGUCCAAAGGUGACCUGAAGAGCUCGAAGGCCAGUCUGGGCUCUCUGGAAGGAGAGGUGGAGGCCGAGGCAUCAUCUCCCAAAGGCAAAUUCUCCUUGUUUAAGAGCAAGAAGCCCCGGAACCGCUCCAAUUCCUUCAGUGAUGAGAGGGAAUUCUCGGCGCCUUCCACCCCCACCGGGACUUUGGAGUUCGAAGGAGGCGAAGUGUCCGUGGAAGGCGGGAAAAUCAAAGGGAAACAGGGAAAGCUGAAAUUUGGUACCUUUGGUGGAUUGGGGUCAAAGAGCAAAGGUCAUUAUGAGGUCACUGGGAGCGACGAGGAGGCGGGCAAGUUGCAAGGGAGUGGAGCCUCGUUGGCCUCCAAGAAGUCCCGCCUGUCAUCUUCCUCCAGCAGUGACAGUGGGACGAAGGCUGGCAUCCAGCUGCCCGAGGUGGAGCUCUCCGUCUCCACAAAGAAAGAGUGACGGGCUCGGCGCUUGUGUACAUAUAUAUAUAAAGAUGCAUCAGCCUUGGGUGUGUUUGUAUAUAAACUGCAAGGAGAAACACACCGACAGCCUCAGCAAUAAUGCGGAGAUCUUGCCUCUCCCAGCGGCGAGCACGGAAGAACCAGCCGCCUCUCAGCUCCUGGAGCUGCACAGAGGGGUGCAGAGUGCCAGGUCCUCCAGCCCAGGUGCAAGGUCAACAGUAUUUGCCUUGAGAUUUCAGUUUGGGUUUUUUUUUUUUUUUUUUUUGCAUUAAAUGCUGAGAACUCUUGUUUACUGAGCAAGCUUUUGUGUUUAUUAUUCUCAUUUUUACUGAACAUUGUUAGUGUUGGGGUAAUGGAAACCCAUUUUUUUCAUUGUAAUGACUUCUGGGGCUUUGUUAGUAAGGGUGGGGUGGGGUAGGACAGGGGCCGGCCCUCCGUUUCUGGAGAGUGGCUCUUCUGGAACAGCAAACGCCCAAAGAUGGCUGACACCUGCAGCCGGUGGGGUGCGUGGGUGUUUCUAGAGCUCUCUAGUGUAGCUUUUUCCCCUGGGGGUGGUGGUCUCAAGCCAGUUUGGUGCUCUUGGUGAGGGAAUUAGAAUCUGUUUGCAAAGUGUCCAACCGGCCAGCUCAACACGAGGAGCUUCCAUUCUGUGCAUUGUUGGAGAAAUUUUUCUUUAAGACCGCCAUGUUCCCGAUUAGUUCUGAUUUCUUUUAACAAAUGAUUAAGAAAUUUUCCAGCACUUUAACGGCAAAUUGAUUAAGAAUGUAAGAAAAGUGAUGCUGUCAAAGGCCAAUAAAGCUAUUAACCCAGA